AUGGCAACCCCUAACUUCAAUACAACACCAAGAGUUAGCCUCCCGGUCGACAGUGGACCGUCGUUCAAUACAACACAGCCUCAUGCCCCAGCUUCGACCACUGCUCUUAGUAGCAGCAUUACUUCAACCACCCCCAUCAAUACGCCGACCACGCUCCAGCGCCAACCUUUCUUUACAGUAACACGUAAAGAAGGGCCGGUGGAGGAGUUUCUCGCGUUUCAGAGCAUCAUCUUUCUGCCUGAGUUUUCCAAACACUCUUUCGAAGAGGUUCGUCUGGCAGAUUAUGAGAAAGGCGCUGGACCAAUCGUGAAUAACAGUAGGCGAGGCCUCUUUGGUGGAAGUGGCUUUAGAGGAAGCAUGUUCGAGCAAAAAAGCUUUGCAGGGUCUGGUGAUGCAGGAAGCAGAAAUACUUUCAGUGGUAUUGCCUCAGGCAAAACCGGCGGAAUGAGUACAAACCCUCCAGCAUCUUCGACUUUGGAUGAGAGUAGUCCUCCGCUAGCCAAGCGCCUUAAAUACGGCGACAAUGACAUCUUCAAAGUCCUUGUCGGAUCUAAAAAGGUGUCAUUCAACGUCCACAAAAACUUCGUUUGUGGAGUGUCCCCAUUCUUUCAUGGCACUUGCAACAGUCUGUCCAAAGAAGGGCUGAAAGACGAAGUCUAUCUCCCCGAGGCAGAUCCCGAAGUAUUUGAUGCUUUCAUGGAGUGGGUUUACACGGGCAAAGUCAAGUUUUCAGCGUGGCCCAUUAACAAAACUUCUAAACCAGAAUGCAAUGCAUGGUGGUCGUUCGGGACGAAGUUGUAUCUGCUUGCCCACUACCUUCAGUGUACGACAUUCGGAAACGCUGUCAUAGAUUCGAUAAGCCGCGCCGUGACAAACAAACAGGUCAUGCUCUUCCCAGGACCCAAUCUCAUCGACUUGCUCUACAAGUCGACCCCAGGAGAUUGUGGACUUCGAAGAAUUUUCGUUGCACUGAAUGUAUGGAGAUCCGGCGCUGGGUACUGGAGAGGGGAUGACGAAUGGAGGACACGCCUCAGCGGCUUGCCAGUUGAGUACUCCAACGACCUAGUCGUUCAGUUGUUGAGGAGAAACCAUCAAUUUGAUCAAAACCCCUUUGCCGGAGAUACAGCUUGUCAUGUCUUCAGGGAUAAAGAGCUUGGUUCUCAGGCGGUCGAAUAA